AUGGCGCUUACAACUGUCGCUAUUAUUUUUCUCUCUCUACUUUCAGCUUGCAGCCACGGAAGUCCUCUUAACAAAAAGCAUGCCAUCGUUGAAUUGGACAAUCAAGUCCGCAUUCACGGAGCAUCUGCCGGCAAUAUCGAGUCGUUCCUCAACAUACGCUUCGCAAAGGAUACCGGUGGCAGCAAUCGUUUUGCCCCCCCCGAACCAUACAGCUAUCCGUACGGCUCAGUGAUAAAUGCCACUCGGCCUGGUGCAGCUUGCCCCCAGCAAAAAGUUCCCCUCCAAGGACUUGAGCUUUUUGACAAUGUUACACACAUUUCAGAAGACUGCCUCACUCUACGUGUCGAUCGACCAGCCAAUACAUCAAGUACAUCCAAGCUUCCUGUUAUGGCAUACAUCUAUGGUGGUGGAGAUUCCAUCGGCCAAAUUUAUGAUUCAAUAUACGAGCCAGGCCCCUUGAUCUCCAACGCCGUUCAACGGGGUUUCCCUGUGGUUUAUGUGGCUAUGAACUACCGCGUCGGCGUAUUUGGCUUUGCUGCUUCACCCGCUUUGAACGCAACGGACUCUCUUAAUGUGGGCCUCCUUGACCAGCGACUCGGUCUCUCUUGGGUGCAGCAGCACAUUUCGGCUUUCGGUGGUGACCCUGAUAAUGUCACUAUCUUUGGAGAGAGUGAUGGAGCUACUGGAGUUGGCCUUCAGAUAACCGCAUAUGGCGGUGAUAUUCAGAAGACCCCAUUCAAAAGGGCCAUCAUGCAAUCAGGCAGCCCCGCUUCAGACUUAGGCACUGCCAGCAAUAUAUCUGCAGUGCGUACAGGUGAGCUUAUAAAGAAAGUCAACUGCACAUCCUCAGCCAGUGAGGCCGAGUUUGCUUGCCUGCGAAAGCUGCCGCUUAACAUACUGCUCUCAGCUGCGGUAGAAUAUGAGUUCAGCGUGACAAGUUCUGGGUUCGAUGCCUUUAUACCGACCUCUCCGUCGACCUUUAUUCCUGACAGCCCUUCAACACUCUUAACCAGUGGUCGAUUUGCCCGUGAUAUUGACAUUAUCGCUGGCUGGACUGAAGACGAUCAGUCAUUUUUUACGCCAACCACGCUUAACUCAACCACAGAUCUUGUUGAGUUCAUUUACUCUCAGUUUCCAGCCUUUUCAGAAAGGAAUGUUCAGAGGGUUCUUUCUCUAUACCCUGUUACAUCUUUCUCUGGCAUGCCUGCCAAGAAUAUUUCGGCUCAGUAUUUCCGUGCAAGCCGAAUGAUUCGAGAUGCACAGGAUGCUUGCCCAAGUCUGCAUAUGGUGCGAAUGAAUCAUAAAUACUCAGACGAGAAGACCUCGAACUAUCUCUACGUUUUGAAUCAGACCCUAUUUGCUCCACUGUUCGCCGAGGCGGGGACCCCCUAUCUCGGCGUUCCACAUUUCAGUGAUAUUCCCUAUGUCUUUAAUCUGGCGAACACCAGAUACUCUUUCCUGGCCUCACCAGCGGAUCGAAAGCUGUCCACAGAAAUGAGCAGCAGCUGGGCUUCCUUCGCUGCUUUUGGAGAACCUUCUGGAAGACAUGGGACAAUAUUCAACUGGUACGACGCCAUGAAUCAAAGUUCGCAGGGUCAAUAUAACCUUCGAGUCCUCGGCGGCCCUAACGAAGGUGCUGAAGCAAUUGGGCAUGGCAAGAAUUUCUAUGAAGAACUGGCUAGGAGAUGUGACUUCUGGAACUCUGCAGAAGUACUUCGAGAGAUGGCAGUCUGA